AUGGCGACGGUCUCGCAACCGCCGCAGACACCGCCGUCGCAACCGCCUCCACCACCGGGAACCACUGUACCUCAGACCAGCCCUCAGCUCGUGCCAUCGCGUCAACCACUACCUCUAUCCGCCUCACAAGAAGGCCAAGUGCGAGAAAUUUACCACAAACGAGUACGGAACAAGUGCGCCGAAGAAGUACGACUAUUCGCAGCAUGUGCCACCAACCGUACCUUCACCGCGCCCUUCUAUUGCCGACCCGAACGCCGCCAGAUGAACGCCUGCAUGCUUCAGUACGCCAAUCAAGCCGAGCAGGACGCCGCCCGAGAGGAGUGGUUUGCUACUCGCGAUUUGCGCCGCAAGGAGCGAGAAGCCAAGGAAGAGAAGAGGAAAGAACAGGAGAAGUUCCAUCGCGAGUGGUGGGGUUUGGAUGAGCAUGGCAAUCGCGUCGAAAAGAAAGAUGUCAAGUAG